AUGGCUUUCCCCCCUUCUGUUUCCUGGUCAGGAACCACAUGUGGAAGUGCCAGCUGCCACGCGGUUUAUUCACUACUGCCGGCGUUCUUGGCAGAAGGCUCGUGCUUCCAUGAGGAGGGCUCUCCACAAUCAGCAGAAACAGGCCAACAAGUAUCGCAGGGCAGGACCCUCCCUCCGAACUGGCCAAAGAGUAUGGCUCUCGACCCGAAAUCUUCCUUUGCGGGUAGAGUCAUUCCGGUCAGAGGAGAAGAUCCACACAAGAGCUCUUUCCGCUCCUCAACUCUGUGUCCGAGUAGCAUCAAGAUGUUGCCACAUAAACGCAAUUACCAAGAAUACCGUGUUGAACCGGUCAUCUACAUAUUGAUCCCACUCUUUAAACUGUUUGGGUUAGAAAUAAGGAAAAAAAAAACAUACAUCAUGUCAUAUGACAAAGACACAAAAAACACUGAAUGGGUGUAUGAGAUACUGAACAAGCAGACAGUAAAAGUCAGAAAUAAAUAUGAUAACGUCAAGAUAUUACGUCUUCAUUUUGCCCAAUCCCUAAAUCUCGAAGGCUACGAUCGAGGUCAUCUUGCUGCGGCGGCCAAUCACAGUUGGUGUCAGGAAGCCUAUAAUGACACUUUCUCAUCCACCAACACUUUACCACAGCUUUCUGUGUAUAAUCAAGGCAUGUGGAAAUAUUUAGAGGAAAUGUGUCGUGCUAAAUUAAAAGCCAGCAACAUCCGUAACGUCCAUGUGUACACAGGACCAAUAUAUCCAAAGAAAGGUUCAGUUUUUGUAGACCAACAAAGCAAUGGCUCAAAGAAAGCAGUGCCAGAUUACUUAUUUAAAGUAAUUAUUGUGGAGGAUCUUGAUGGGACAGUAUUAGAGCCGGAGUGCUAUAAGUUUCCCAAUUCAAAUUCACUUGAUGAGGUUUAUAUAACGCACUUUCUCAAUGGCAAAGUAGUACGUUGA